UACAAUAUGCUGAGAGGUUAUUAUUGAAAUUUUUGCCCAAUGAUGCCAAAAAGCAUUCUGCCUACUGCAGGUUUAAGAAGACUAAAUAAUACGAUUUCACCCCUCACUAAUUGUCUUACUGUCCCUAACUCUUAUCAAAUCAACAGACAAUCAAAUGUAAUUAUCCCAACACUCGAUAACAUCAGCAUAAAUAAAACCUCGAAAAGAAAAUGCAGUGAGGUCAAAAGAGUUUGGAAUGACGUACGUUGAAUCAACUGAAUUCAAAGUAUUCUGUUGCAUGACAUGGGAGGAGAGAAUAAUGUGCCGUCCCACCUGAGAGGUGUGUUCAGCUUCACCAUAACACUAGAGCUGAGUGGCAAAAAAAGAUAUCACCAUAUUAGUCCAGUGUUCUACCUAAUUUAGAUAUGGAAGACUUUGGACUAAACUUCGUCUACAGAAGGGGAAAGAAGAGUCAGAGUAAAGCAGCGCAUACUGUAUUUCCCAGGAUGAGGCCUACUUCAUGUACUUGUACUAAUUGUCUGAAAUGCAUCAAGGACUGGCUGCCGUUGGAAUUCAAGAGGGAAAUGAUUCAACUUGUCAAACUAGCAGGACCUGUGAUCAUUUCUCAAUUGAUGGUCUUCCUAAUCAACUUUGUCAGCAUAGUGUUCUGUGGUCACCUGGGGGAAACUGAGCUUGCAGGUGUAGCGUUAGCAAUAUCGGUUAUCAUUGUGACAGGUAUUUCAGUUGGAAUGGGUUUGUCAUCGGCCUUUGACACCCUCAUAUCUCAGACGUAUGGGAGUGGAAACCUGAAGCGUGUCGGAGUCAUUCUUCAAAGAGGUGUUUUGAUUCUGCUCCUGGCCUGCUUCCCCUGCUGGGCUAUCCUCCUUAACACAGAGAACAUGCUUCUCGCCGUCAAACAAAACCCAGAGGUUGCACGACACUCCCAGAUGUAUGUGAACAUCUUCAUACCAGCUCUGCCAGCUGCUUUCAUGUACCAGCUGCAGGGGAGGUAUCUACAGAACCAGGGUAUCAUCUGGCCUCAGGUGAUAACUGGAGCCAUUGGAAAUGUUCUUAAUGCAAUUGUCAACUACAUCCUCCUCUAUGUGCUGGACCUGGGUGUUGUUGGAUCUGCAGCAGCAAAUUCUAUCUCACAGACCGCUUCGGCUCUGAUAUUGUUCAUUUACAUCUACUGGAAGGGGUUACACAAGGCGACGUGGUCUGGUUGGUCAAAGGACUGUCUGCAGGAAUGGGGUCUGUUCACCAAGGUGGCCAUUCCCAGCAUGCUUAUGCUCUGUCUGGAGUGGUGGACUUUUGAAAUCGGAGGAUUGUUGGCUGGUUUGAUCAGCGAGGUUGAGCUGGGAGCUCAGUCAAUUGUGUAUCAGAUGGUCACUAUUGUGUUCAUGGUCCCAAUGGGAUUCAUGGUAGCUGCCAGCGUGCGGGUUGGGAAUGCUCUUGGUGCUGGGAACAUUGAACAGGCCAAGACAUCUGGCAAGGUCGCCGUAAUCUUAGCAUUUGCAAUCUCGGUGAUUUUCGGACUUGUUCUUGGAUUAUGUAAGAACGUGAUUGGUUACAUCUUUACAACAGAAAAAGAAAUUAUUCAGCGGGUUUCUAAAGUCAUGAUCAUAUAUGGCGUCUUCCAUUCUGUAGAUGCCGUUGCGGCUGUAACAGGGGGCGUUAUACGAGGAGCAGGGAAACCGAUGGUCGGGGCCCUCUGUAACUUGGUGGGAUAUUACUUCAUUGGCAUUCCUAUUGGAGUGUCCCUGAUGUUUGCUGCCAAGAUGGGCAUCAUGGGACUGUGGUUGGGGCUUUCACUUUGUGUCACUAUCCAGGCCACAUUCUAUAUCUUUUACUUGUUUAAACUAGAUUGGAAAAAGGUUGCUGAAGAGGCAAUGAUGAGAGCAGGAGUCCCGGUGCAGGACAUGGAAAACAAGGGACAUGCCCAUAGUCCUGUGACAGAGUCCCAGGUCAACAUCAUUUCAUCUAACUCCCUGAGCAAUGAGGAGUUCAACUCAGACCUGCUCACUCCGGGCCAGGAUGGGACAGCCGGUGCUGCAGGGCCUCGGCCUCUGUCGUUCUGGCAGCUGGUGGUGCGUCGUGGCCUGACUGUGGUCUUAAUGGUGCUCAUCCUUGUAGUUGGGAUAAUAGCCAGCAAAAUGCUUCCCAAACUGCUCAAAUGACCCACACCGCUGGCUGUCUUACUGCUGUGUGGUUGCAUAAGAUGCUACAUAAUGUUGUGACACAGCAGACAAAGUAAUAUGUUAAAAGAAGGCUGUAUCCAACUCUAAUUCCACUAAGUAAUAUGUUAUUUCUUUGAUUUGUUUGAAAACAAAAAGUUGAUUUACAUUGUCUUCUUGUUUUGUAAUUAAUGGAUCAGCAUACCCUACAUUUUUGGUAUGCUUUGGUUUUUGGUAUGCAAAGCUUAAAUAGAAACAAACUUGUGGAAGGGUUACUCGUCACAUACUGUAGUUGAAAAUGGAAUAUAUAUGAGAGAGAGAGAGAGAGAGAGAGAGAGAGAGAGAGAGAGAGAGAGAAUAAUAGUGAUUAUUUUAAUUUGAUUACAUGUUUUUAUUUAUUACUUAAAUUAUAAAAUGACAAGUGUCCAAUGUAAGGUCUUGAAACUGAUUUGUCCACCCGAUAAAUUGAAAAUAAAGUAUAAAAAAAAUUAAACAAAAAA